AUGGGGGGGCACGGCGGGUUGAACAUUCUUCCGCAGAAGCGGUGGAACGUGUACAACUACGAGAACCGGGAGAAGGUGCGCAAGGACGAGGCGGAGGAGGCUGCGCGCGAGCAGGCGCUGGCGGAAGAGCAGCGCCUCCGCGACAGCGAGUUGCGCCUUCAGACGCUCCGCGCGCGCGCGCGGCAGCAGCACCUUCCGCUUCCCCAGCAGCAGGCGGCGGCGGAGGAGCGUCUGCUUCCCCCGCAGGACCAAGCGGCGCAACCGUCGGCGGCAGAACAUCAUGCAGUGGUGGAUGCGGACUCGUCCCGUUUGACCAAAUCACUCGCUACAAGCAUAGGCGACUCUGUUCCGCAAGCGGGCGCGCUUAAAGCGGGUCACAUAAACCUCUUCGAAGGCUUAGACUCGGCUGAUUUCUCCGCGCUAGCGUGCGGUGAAGGCGCGCAGGCGAGCGACGCGGUGAAGCCCGGUCGCGCGCAGGAGGUGUGGGAGAAAGAGCACAAGGCGGGGGAGGAGGAGAAGCACAGACUAGGGUACGGAGCGGUGGGGAAGGGUGGGCAGCAGCCGUGGUAUGCGCGAGCGGGUGACUUGACAGUGGGGGAGGGGGAAGGAGGGGCGGGGAAGAUUAAGGGGGAUGCAGGAAGCAGGGCAGUGGGAAAGAGAAGACCUGUGGAAGCAGCAGAGGCGAAAACAGACUCACAAAGAGUGACUUUUCAGGAGCCUCAAAAGUUGGACUCAGAAAGAGGAAAGAAGGUUGGACCUGGGAAAGAAAUUCACCCUGCAAAAGACGAAGUUAGAGACGACAAUGGUGAUGACGAUGAGGACAUGUCUAGUCCGAGGCACAAGAAGAAGCGGAAGCACCGAAAGAGGCGGUCUGCUUCGCAAGACUCUUCUUCCUCCACUUCACUUGCAAGCAGCGACGAUGACGAUGAUAACCACCGCCGCCGCCACCGCAGUUCAAGGAAACACCCGACAGUGAUCUUGGAGCGAGAAAGAAUCAGAGGAGCAGGCGGCGGUCUGAUUCGCCAGACUCCUCUUCCUCCUCAUCCCUUGCAAGCAGCGACGAUGAUGAUAACCGGCACCACCACCGCUGUUCCAGCAAGCACCUUAAGAAGCAUCACAUCAAAAAGCGAUUUUCCUCCGCUGAUCGCUCUCCCUCCGAGAUUCCAUCUUCCUCCUCCUCGGACAGUGACAGUGAUCGUCGAGUGGGGAGAAGGCAGGGGAGCAGGCGCAGGCGCAGCGGCAGGGAUAGAUCCAUGGAGAGGGGUGGGCAGCGUCAACGCAAGGAGCACGUCGUGGGGGAGAGGCAGGGGAAGGAGACACGCAGGGGGCUAG